UUUCUUCACAGCAACAUUUAGCUUCUGUCGGCAGCAUCGCCCAAGGAUCUGCCUACUUAGAAUAGCGCUGUAAGCUCGGAGGUUGAAACAAAUAUAUAGAAAAAGAAAGGCGAGGGGUUUGUGCGAUUUAGUAGAGAGCGAGAGAGAGGGGAAGGGAAAAGAGAGUCAAGCGAGAGAGAUACAGUGAAUCCGGGCGACCGUUAAUUUAAUUCACACCGUCUUGAUCGUGUGCGGGAGACGGUAGGUAACGUAUUGUUGCAACAUCCCCUCCGGUCCACCCCCGCGUGAGUCCCGGGGAAUACAGGAGCGUGAAGAAGUAUAAUUAAUGCCUACUUUCGACAUGGAUCCCUAUGAUGGCGAUGAAAACAAUUAUAUGCCUCAGGAAGAUGAUUGGGACCGCGAUAUGCUGUUGGACCCGGCGUGGGAGAAGCAGCAGAGGAAGACGUUCACGGCCUGGUGCAACUCCCACCUGAGGAAAGCAGGAACGCAGAUCGAGAACAUCGAAGAGGACUUCAGGGACGGACUGAAACUCAUGCUGCUGUUGGAGGUCAUAUCAGGAGAGCGCUUGGCCAAACCAGAGAGAGGGAAGAUGAGAGUUCACAAGAUCUCCAACGUCAACAAAGCUCUCCACUACAUCACCAGUAAAGGAGUCAAGCUGGUGUCCAUCGGAGCAUCACCAAUCGUCGACGGCAAUGCUAAAAUGACCCUGGGAAUGAUCUGGACCAUAAUCCUUCGCUUCGCCAUCCAGGACAUCUCUGUGGAAGAAACAUCAGCCAAAGAGGGUCUUCUUCUGUGGUGCCAGAGGAAGACUGCUCCCUACAAGAAUGUCAACAUUCAGAACUUUCACAUUAGCUGGAAAGAUGGGUUGGGAUUCUGUGCUCUCAUUCACAGACACCGUCCAGAGCUCAUUGACUAUGGCAAGCUGCGCAAGGAUGACCCCAUGACUAACCUGAACACAGCCUUCGACGUGGCAGAGAAGUACCUGGACAUCCCCAAGAUGUUGGACGCUGAGGACAUCGUAGGCACAGCCCGCCCAGAUGAAAAGGCCAUCAUGACCUACGUGUCUAGCUUCUACCACGCAUUCUCUGGCGCUCAGAAGGCGGAGACAGCAGCCAAUCGGAUCUGCAAGGUGUUGGCUGUCAACCAGGAGAAUGAGCAGCUGAUGGAGGACUACGAGAAGCUGGCUAGUGAUCUCCUGGAGUGGAUCCGUCGCACCAUCCCGUGGCUGGAGAACCGUGCUCCAGAGAACACCAUGCAGGCGAUGCAGCAGAAGCUGGAGGACUUCAGGGACUAUCGGCGUCAACACAAGCCCCCUAAGGUCCAGGAGAAGUGUCAGCUGGAGAUCAACUUCAACACCCUGCAGACCAAGCUGAGACUCAGCAACAGACCUGCCUUCAUGCCCUCCGAGGGGAAGAUGGUGUCGGACGUCUCUAACGCCUGGGGCGGUCUAGAAGGGGCGGAGAAGGGUUAUGAGGAGUGGCUCCUCAACGAGAUACGCCGGCUGGAGAGACUCGACCACCUGGCCGAGAAGUUCCGUCAGAAGGCAGCCAUCCACGAAACCUGGACUGAAGGUAAGGAGGUGAUGCUGCAGGCGCGGGACUUUGAGACGGCCUCUCUGUCUGAGAUCAAGGCUCUGUUGAAGAAACACGAGGCCUUCGAGAGCGACCUGGCCGCGCACCAGGACCGCGUAGAGCAGAUAGCUGCCAUCGCUCAGGAGUUAAAUGAGCUGGACUACUAUGACUCCCCCAGUGUGAACGCUCGCUGCCAGAACAUCUGUGACCAAUGGGAUGCCCUGGGAGCCUUGACUCAGAAACGCAGCGAGGCUCUGCAGAGAACUGAGAAGCUUCUGGAGACCAUAGACCAGUUGUAUCUGGAGUUUGCCAAGCGAGCUGCUCCGUUCAACAACUGGAUGGAGGGAGCCAUGGAGGAUCUGCAGGACACGUUCAUAGUUCACACCAUCGAGGAGAUACAGGGUCUGAGUACGGCCCACGAGCAGUUUAAAGCCACUCUCCCUGAUGCGGAUAAGGAACGCGGUGCCAUCCUGGGCAUCCACAAUGAGAUCGCCACGAUAGUGGCCACCUAUCAUGUGAACAUGGCUGGCACCAACCCUUACACCACCAUCAACCCUCAGGACAUCAACGCCAAGUGGGACAAGGUGAGACAGCUGGUGCCACAGAGGGACCAGGCCCUGAUCGAGGAGCACGCCCGCCAGCAGAACAACGAACGUCUCCGGAGGCAGUUUGCCAACCAGGCCAAUGUCAUCGGGCCCUGGAUACAAACCAAGAUGGAGGAGAUUGGCCGUAUCUCCAUCGAGAUGCACGGAACCCUGGAGGAUCAGCUGACCCACCUCCGCCAAUACGAGAAGAACAUCGUCAACUACAAGCCAAAGAUCGACCAAUUGGAGGGAGACCACCAGCUGAUUCAGGAAGCUCUGAUCUUCGACAACAAACACACCAACUAUACCAUGGAGCAUAUCCGUGUGGGCUGGGAGCAGCUCCUGACCACCAUCGCCAGAACCAUCAACGAGAUCGAGAACCAGAUUCUGACGCGGGACGCCAAGGGCAUCAGCCAGGACCAGAUGAACGAGUUCAGAGCCUCCUUCAACCACUUCGACAGGGACCACUCAGGCACUCUGGGUGCUGAGGAGUUCAAGGCCUGCCUGAUCAGCCUGGGCUUCGAUAUAGCCAACGAUGCACAGGGUGAAGCGGAGUUCUCUCGCAUCAUGAGCAUCGUGGAUCCCAACCGGGUGGGCGUGGUCACGUUCCAGGCCUUCAUAGACUUCAUGUCCCGGGAGACGGCCGACACAGACACCGCUGACCAGGUCAUGGCCUCCUUCAAGGUCCUGGCUGGGGACAAGAACUACAUCCUGGCCGAUGAGCUUCGUCGUGAGUUGCCUCCUGACCAGGCAGAGUACUGUAUCGCCCGCAUGGCACCCUACGCCGGCCCCGACGCGAUACCCGGUGCCCUCGACUACAUGUCCUUCUCCACCGCACUCUACGGAGAGAGUGACCUCUGAGUGACCUUUGACCCCUAACAUGUGAGGUCGCUCACCAGCCUACCUGCUCUUACCACCGCCCCCCGCAAGACCCUCCUACUGCCCCAACACCGCAGCUCUGCUCUAGCAUAGGUGCCAGAUCUGUUUGUGUUGUCUUACCCAACUCAUCGUUGUCACGCCAGUUUAGCAAAACACAGAUCUGGCAUCAGGCUAGCCCUGCUCUACAACGCUCAAAACAGCACAGACAGAUCUGGCAUCAGGCUAGCCCUGCUCUACAACGCUCAAAACAGCACAGACAAAUCUGGCAUCAGGCUAGCCCUGCUCUAUAAUGCUAACAUGUUUUUUCUAUGUUCCUGGCCUUAUCUUAUAUGUCAUAAUCAUCUUGUCUGCCCCCCUUCCUUUUCCACUCAUUCCCCCCUCCGCCAACCCCUUUACUGGUGUAGGCUGAAGUUGCCCCUAGAUGCUGAUCUGGGGUCAGUUUAGCACUUUCCCCACUCUAGUAGUUAGUUAGGAUUGAGGGAGUGACAGCUGAUCCUAGAUCUGUACCCAAGGGAAACUUCACCCCCUUCCCUCCCUCAUACUUUGUCUCAGUUGGACUUGCUUCCCAUGCAGCAACACUCUCCAGGUUUACAAAAAGGGAGAGAAAUGUGUUUUUAUUUUUUCUUGUUAUUGUUUUUCUUCAUAAAAUGAAUAAAGUUAACAUAUUUUAUUAUACAGAACAAAAAAAGGUAUUUUUCUUCACCUGGUAAAAAAGAAGAAGAAAGAAACAACAAUUGAAAUAAAGAUAAAUUGCUAUA